CAUUUAAUACUUCUGACGCCCGUGUUAAACAACGAGUUUACAAUACCGCAAAUCUUAACAUGUGUAUUUAACGCCUAAUAUUCAUUGUCUAGUAAAUAUUGUCAUUUCGACGCUUGUAGCGGUAACAAGUACUUGAAAAAAAAAUCGACAAUUACUAAAUUUUGUAGUUUACCACAGUUCUAUUUUAUAACUUUUGCACAACAAUGUUCCAUUACGAUCGCAGAUUCUUGGAGGGUAAUCCCCUACGUUACUACUACUACCCUAAUAAUUAUCCACAAAACCAAUUCGAACGGCAUUUUUUCCCCGGUUUGGACCAUUUGGACGUGUACAAGGAGACAACUAUGCCACUUCCACCCAUAAGUCCACAAAGUGAUAGUGAAAAUUCCGUUUGUAGCGUAGAAGUGCCAUACAAAGAACUGAAACCAAUUCGAUCACAAAAUACUUCGAAAUCAGAUUGCAAUUGUCAUUGGAUUAAUUGUGGACUGGGAUUUGAAUCUUUGGAUUUAUUGGCCAACCACGUUAGCAGAGUGCACGCAGCAAGCGGUCCAGGAGGUCUUUUUUACUGUCGUUGGGAAGGAUGUACCAGAAAUAAUAAAGGCUUUAAUGCGAGAUACAAAAUGCUAGUCCACGUUCGAACUCAUACCAAUGAAAAACCCCAUAGGUGUGGUCAAUGUGAGAAGUCAUUUUCUAGAGCAGAAAACUUAAAAAUCCACGUUCGUUCCCACAGCGGGGAAAAGCCCUAUGUUUGUCCAGUUCCUGGGUGCACCAAAGCAUAUUCAAACUCGAGUGACCGAUUCAAACAUACAAGGACUCAUCAAGUGGAAAAACCGUACCAGUGCAAAGUACCCGGAUGCCCCAAAAGGUACACGGACCCCAGUAGUUUACGAAAACAUGUUAAAACGUACAAACAUUUCGUCAAUGAAGAAAAACAUUUGUCAGAAAACAAAUCAAGAAAUGUAAGCGUAAUCGUAUCGAACAUCAAAGAAAGAAAUAAUGAAUUACUUAUAAAACCUGAGCAACGUUUAUUACCAAUUACAAACGAGACAACAGUAAAUUGUUGUAAUUGUAAUUGCACCCACAAAAAUUGCUGCAUACCUGUCGAAGAAAAAGACUGUAUCUCGUACGAAAAAAUGAUUUGUACGAAUUUUAACGCCGUUUCGUGGAACAUGUUGACCUCAUACGCCACAAACAAAGAAAUUUAUAAACCUUACGACCUAAAACAAGAGGAAAUGGACAUUGACUUACCUUUAGAUUUAAGCAUAAGUGCCAGACAAUAAUGUUGUUCUAGUACGUAUUAAUUUUAUAUUUAUUAUUACCUAUAAUUAUUUUGUGUUCAUGUUUUAUGUACUGUUGGUGUGUUAUGAAUGUUACUAUUGACGUGUUUUCAGAGUUUGUAUUUAUUUAUUAUAUCAUAAAUAAAAUACGUUUACUUAAU